CCGAACGAAUAUAAAAGCUAUCGAAAUUAUAAAAUUUCUUUAGUGAUUUUUGAACAGCUAACGCCCAGAGAACUUGCUCCGUUCUGGAAACUAUUCAAAUACCCACUGCUGAUCAUUGAACAAUUGGUGAUGAACACCAAGUUCGAGACACUAACUAAAGUGCUGGCGGCAGUGCGGCGGGCACUUUCGCAGGUGGAUGCCGCUAGUGCGCAGGUGUGCUCCUUUUGCUUUGACAAACGCGGCCACAUUUAUGACAUACACACGCGCAGUCCUAAUGCACCUCAUAAAGUUAAGUUCCAUUUGGGCACAGACACCGGCCACACGACGAGCUCUGCAUUUAUUUUACUCAAUUUCAACCUGUAUCAGAAGAAUCAUGUAAUCACUAAUGAGUGCAUUGAUUUGCUGCUCCGAAUCUACGGCACCAAGGCGCUGGACUAUCACGUAUCCGACAUAACCUCCUCAUCGGAGCGCAUUUCACAGACCACAGAUAUGCAACAAUCGCUAGAUUCGCUGUGCGGCGCUUUCCAAAUGCCGCCGAUGGCACCGACUCGUGACGAUUGGGUACGCGAUGAUGAUGCCACCCACUGCAUGUGCUGUCAUCGCGCUGCCUUUACUAUGCUUAUGCGUCGCCAUCACUGUCGGCGAUGCGGACGUGUUGUAUGUUUUGCUUGUUCGGCGCAUCGCAUGUGCAUACCCGAACUGUACGAUGACGUGGAGGUGCGCGUUUGCAACGACUGUUUCAACAAAACUGAAGAGGAACAGCGCAAGCGGGCACAGGAUAUGGAUGCCGAAACGAAAGGCGAGGGCGCUGCGUCUAGCAAGGGGCCACGCGUGCGUGAAAACGAUGCUUACAAGUGGCAGCUAUGUGGCAACAUUACGCACGAUAAGCUGUUGCGCGAAGAGUUUUGCUAUGAACAUGCGCCCAGCGUGGCGUUAUGUCUGUCCAUACUCGCAUUUCAUCAGGGGCAGCAAAAGUGUGUCGAUCUGUUACUGUAUCACUGCCACAAAUUGGAAAAGUUAUUCGUACCGAAUCCGGAGGUAGACUACGAGUUGGUGGCAAAAAUGAUGAACUGCCUCGCAUUGGCUGCUAAGGUGCGUGGCGGCCCACCUGAAAUCGAAACUAUACGCGAACAUUCGGCGAUCAUAAUGUCUGUGGUUCAAAAUGGUUGCGAGGCGCUAAUACCGCCAGGUCCUCUGAACAAUCAUAGUCUGCGCAAACUAGGCGACUCGUUGGUGCAAGCCGAAAAGUGGGAUUUAGCAUUCGAAGUGCAUCUUAAAUGUGGAUUUCCCACAGCCGGAGUUAUGGCUGCUCAUGGCUUAUCGUGUUUGCGAGCUGGUUGUUUCGAUACAGGUAAGCUAUUUCGAUGCAAUGUACAUACUAUGUAAAUGUGAAAGUAAAUAAAUGUUUGCUUUGCCCUAAAAACUUACUAGCGGCCGUAGAAAAAUACACUUUAUUGUGUCGCGAAAUACAUAAAUGUAAAUAAACAUUUCAACAAAUUACAAUGCAGCACUUAACAGAUUCUUCCGCUUCGUUUUUAAAUACAUAUCGCUUAUUUAUUCAAAUACUGUCACUACCAGAAAGCUGUACUUUUGAGUUAAUAAUGCAGAUUAAGAUUCAUCUUUGUAGUUCCCGGUUGAGAGGAGAAUGCGUUUCACUAUUUCAUUCAUUUUGGGAGUAAAUUGUAAACCUUGAACGCGUCUGCUGGUAAUCUAUUAAUCUCGUAACAACUCAUUUUAAACAUUUUUAAUCCUUUCCCCCCUAUUAGUGAUGCAUGGUGAUUUUGUCAAGAUUUUUUAUGUUUCACCUGUGUGUAAUCAAAUCUUGGAAUCAAUGCUUAAGCAACUUCGCGAUGCGCUAGAGACUUGAAACUUUAAACUUAGCUCAGAAUCCGAUGACAAUGCAAUAUGGAAGCCGAAUCAAUCCAUCGAGAUAUUUGAAAACCCCGUAUUUAUGGUCCGAUAGGCCUCCUUUUAAAAUGUAUAUUUUAUGGCUCUAUUUCUAAGUUAGAGGCCUCCAGAUAGUACUUAGCAGGGUUGCGUGAUUUUUAAUUAGUCAUAUCCCAAAUCUAAAAAUAAAAUAUAUUCUUGAAUUGAAAGUCGUAUCA